UGGGUCUUAUGUUUUGUGGUUGGAAAGAGGCAUAACACACAUUGCAAGGAAAGCAAAGCCAAAGGAACGGAUUGUCAUAUGAUGUGAGUUCAAAAGAGGGCAUAAAAUUACAAAAACUAUAGUUAAAAAGUCUUUAUACUCUUUCUCUCUUCUAUAGCUAGAUUGAUUAUUGGGGAGAGAGAAUGAGUGAAAGAGAGUGAGUGGUACAGAGGAACCCACCUCAGUUUCGCUUUCUAGGAAAGAAACCAAAUUGAAAGAAAGAAAGAAAAAAGAAAAAGAAGAGGAGAAGAAGGAGAUGAUGAAGAGAAAGGACGGCAACAAAUAACAACACAGGAAAGAUAGAGAUACAGAAAGAAAGAGAGAGAAAUAGAAGCAAACAGGAAAAGGGUCGUUAUUGCCUUAUUAUUGGUUACUAAAUUUUUAGUUUUUGUUUUUCUUUCUUAUUACAAGACUGCAGCAGUAGCAGAAGGCCAGUAGUAUCAGUUUGGGGCUGAAAUUUCCUUUCAUUUUUAAUUUUAUCUGCCUACAUAACCAGAAGGGAACUCAGUUGUCUCUCCCUCUCAAAACCCCAAACUUUUUUUUUUUCUAUUAAGAGCCAAAGUGACAGUAGCAGCACUAGUAAGCCAACAGAAAACACAUUCUCUUCCGCAGUAGCAGCAGAUUGCAGAAGGCAAAGGAGAAAGAAAGAAACUACUGCUUGCUGCACUAAUUGGGAAGUCACACAACAAACAAGAUCUCUUUCCUUCUAAAACCUUCCCUUUCUUUUUAUCUUCUUCUGUAACAAUUUCAGAGAUUUUGACCCCACUUUCCCCCUUCUCUCUAGCUCAUAUAAUACCCACAUAGAUAUCUUCUUAGAUUGUAUCUUUCUCCACUUCUAGAUCUUUUUUUUUUUGUUUUUUUCUUUGCAUAAAAAAACUGAACUUUUACUCAUAUAUAUGUUUGUUUAUGUUUGUAAAGAUUGAGUUUUUAUCAAUCAAAGGAGACAUCUUUAUACAUAUAAUCUUGUUAUUAUCAUUGUCAUUGUGGCUACCACAAGAAGGCAUCUAUCGUCAGACUCAGGAGCCUUUGCAGAUUGGGCGACGUCGUCGUCCACAGCAAUCCGAGCUGGCCCCGAUGACCUCUCCCUUGGCUUCAAUGCUAACGCUGCCGCCGAUGCGGCCCAUGGAUCCACCAACGGUCAAUGGCCACCCUCAGCUCGUCCAAUCAACUACGGGCUUCCACCUGAAAUGGGGAUGGUUGGUCUCCGCGAUUUCGUCGUUGUGGCUCCUGCAUCUUUUAACCAUCACCAACAUCAUCAUCACCACCAUACUCAAGAUCUCAUCAUGGCAAAUGAUCAAAUCAAUGGUCCAAAUGCUGCCCCGGCGCUUGGUGUUGGCGUUAUCCCACUUCUUACAGCAGCUCCAUGUUUAGCUCCGCAAAAUGUGGAAGAUUCUGAUUUGUUGAAUAAUAAUGGUCGUAACAAACUCAGUGGGAUGCAGUUGUGGCAGAAUCAGAAUUCUUCCCCUCACUAUCUUAAAAAACCAUCUUCUCUCCCUGAUAACAAUAAUUCUUUUUCUAUGAAUUUGAUACAAAGCAGUGGUGGCGGUGCGAUGGGAGGUGGGAGUGGUGGUUCGGGUUCAAGCUCAGGGGCUACGUGUCAAGAUUGUGGGAACCAAGCAAAGAAAGAUUGUACCCAUAGGAGAUGUAGAACAUGUUGUAAAAGUCGGGGUUUUGAUUGCCCUACACACGUGAAGAGCACGUGGGUACCUGCAGCUCGGAGAAGAGAGCGUCAGCUCAUGACGGCUGCAGCUACUACUGUUGGUGCUGGCUCAUCAGGGUCGACUUCUGGUUCUAAGAAACCAAGACUUGUAACUUCUCAGACUACAACUACUUCUCAUACAUCAACUUCAAAUACGACUCCUCCGAGAAGCUUUGACACUAGCUCAAGUCACCAAGAUGCAGGUUUUAAAGAGGCAUUGCCAGGGCAAGUACGUGCACCGGCGUUAUUCAAGUGUGUAAGGGUGACAGCAGUGGAGGAUGGUGAGGAUGAAUAUGCCUAUCAAGCAGUUGUUAAGAUUGGUGGACAUGUGUUCAAAGGGGUUCUUUAUGACCAAGGAGUUGAAGGAAGAGAUGGGUUUCCUAAUAUAUCUGAAUUGCAUUUAGGUGGUGGUGGAGGGGGUGGGAGAAAUGGGGGUUCAUCGUCAUCUCCAGUUCUUGAUCCUUCUGAAGUUUAUGCGACCACUGGAGGUGGCUUGCUUGGUGGUUCAGGUUAUGGUAAUCCAAUAAACUGAGAUCAUCUUUCCAAGAUAAAAGUAGUGGAUUGAUUGACUCGGGGGAUGCAUUGUAGUCUGUCUAAUUCGUAUUUCUGCUGCCUUCCAAUUACUCAUAGGGUUUUGGUAAAUUCUUCUUUUGUAGACUUUGUAUCCUUAUUAACAUAUGUUUUUCUUUUCUUUUGGUGUCAAUCGU